GUGUGUCUACUUCGUUUUCUGAAACUCGGAAGUGGUUCUUUCUCGGACAAGCAACAAUGGUGAAAUCGAAUUCGAGCAAGUUGUCGACGAAACAAGAUGAUGUUGACCUUCUCAAAUCCGACAUAGCUUCUUUCGCUUCUUCGCUGGGGUUAUCCACUUCACAAUCCUAUUCGGGUUUCAAUGAUGUUGAUUUUCGCAAAACGAAGGCAAAUAAGCCCCCGAAGAAGAAGCAAAAACCUGAAAAGGUUACACCCCAGAAAACCCAGAAUCCAAAAAACGUAACUUUGAGCAAAAAAAAUGGACCCCAUGUUAAGAGCCACGCCAAACCCGAACCGAAACCGAAACCGAAACCGAAACCUUCUGUUUUGUCACUGGAAGAUGGGAAUAAGGAAAAAGGGUUGAACAAGUUUAGGAAUGUUCCGAAGGUUCCUUUGAUGAAAGCAAGUGCUUUGGGUGUGUGGUUUGAGGAUGUUGCUGAGUUGGAAGCGAAAGUGAUUGGGGAAGGGAAGAAGCUGGAGAUAAGGAAUGUUGAAGAGUGGAAAGGGUUUGUUGAGAAGAAGAGGGAAAUGGGUGAGCGGUUGAUGGCACAGUAUGCUCAGGAUUAUGAGUCAUCGAGGGGUCAAAGCAGUGAUAUUAAGAUGUUGGUUUCAACACAGAGGUCAGGGACUGCUGCUGAUAAAGUAUCUGCAUUUUCUGUGUUGGUGGGGGAUAAUCCAAUUGCAAACUUGCGUUCUCUUGAUGCUCUUUUGGGAAUGGUGACAUCUAAGGUUGGUAAGCGCCAUGCCUUGACAGGUUUUGAAGCACUUCAAGAAUUAUUUAUUGCAAGCUUAUUACCAGAUCACAAAUUGAAGACUCUGAUACAGCGGCCCCUAAAUCAUAUUCCUGAAACUAAAGAUGGUUACUCCCUUCUCCUUUUCUGGUAUUGGGAGGAAUGUUUGAAACAGAGAUAUGAAAGAUUUGUUGUUGCACUUGAAGAAGCAUCACGAGACAUGCUACCUGCUCUAAAAAACAAGGCAUUAAAGUCCAUAUAUGUGCUACUGAGUAGGAAGUCAGAGCAAGAGCGCAGAUUACUUUCUGCACUAAUUAAUAAACUUGGGGAUCCAGAUAAUAAGGCAGCAUCUAAUGCUGACUUUCACUUGUCCAACCUUUUGUCUGACCACCCAAACAUGAAGGCUGUGGUUAUUGACGAGGUGGAUUCUUUUCUCUUUCGGCCUCAUUUAGGAUCACGUUCACAGUACCAUGCUGUUAACUUCUUGAGCCAAAUCCGUCUCACAAAUAAAGGAGAUGGACCAAAAGUUGCAAAACGUCUAAUAGACGUAUAUUUUGCACUGUUUAAGGUUUUAAUUUCUGGCACAAGCAGCAAGAAGUCUGAUAAAAGUGGCAAGGCAACUCCAAAAGAAGAAAAAUCAAAAGGGUUGUCAGAAUCACAUGUGGAAUUGGACUCUAGGCUUCUAUCAGCUCUGCUAACAGGAGUGAAUAGAGCAUUUCCUUUUGUCUCAAGUGACGAAGCUGAUGACAUUGUUGAUGUUCAAACACCAGUACUUUUCCAAUUGGUUCAUUCAAAGAAUUUUAAUGUAGGUGUUCAAGCACUGAUGCUUCUUGAUAAAAUUUCAUCCAAAAAUCAGAUAGCCAGUGAUCGGUUUUACCGUGCUUUGUACUCCAAACUUUUGCUUCCAGCUGCCAUGAAUACAUCCAAGGCAGAGAUGUUUAUUGCACUUCUUCUCAGAGCAAUGAAAAGGGAUGUUAACUUAAAGCGUGUGACUGCAUUUUCCAAGCGUCUAUUGCAGAUUGCACUUCAGCAGCCACCACAAUAUGCCUGUGCAUGUCUUUUCCUUCUAUCUGAACUCCUUAAAGCCAGACCACCUUUAUGGAACGUGGUGUUGCAGAACGAAUCUAUUGAUGAGGAACUUGAACACUUUGAAGAUGUUAUCGAAGAAACUGAUAAUAAACCUAGCACCGUAUCAAAUAAACAAGGUGAUAUUGAGCUUGUUCAGAAUGGCGAGGGUGCCACUUCUGACACCAUUUCUUCAGAAAGUGAAGAUGAUCUUCCAGUAUCUUCUGAAGAUGAUGAUUCAGAUGAUGGUGAAACAGAGGAUGCAGAUUUUUUGCUUGCUAAGAAUGAAAUGAAUCACAAGAAAUCAAAAUCCAUGUAUGCUAAUGAAGGUCUGCACUCACCGUUAUCUGCCAAGAAGUCUUCCCUGCCUGGAGGCUAUGAUCCACGACAUAGAGAACCUUCUUACUGCAAUGCAGACCGUGCAAGUUGGUGGGAGUUACUGGUGCUUGCUUCACAUGCACACCCUUCAGUUGCUACUAUGGCAAAAACUCUUCUUUCUGGGGCUCACAUUGUCUACAACGGAAACCCCUUAAAUGAUCUGUCUCUGACAGCUUUCCUAGAUAAAUUCAUGGAGAAGAAACCGAAACAAAGCACAUGGCAUGGUGCUUCUCAGAUUGAACCUGCUAAGCAGAUGGAUGUUAACAAGCAAUUGAUUGGAUCAGAAAUUCUUUCACUAGCUGAGGCUGAUGUCCCACCAGAGGAUCUUGUCUUCCACAAGUUCUAUACAAACAAAAUGAGUUCCUCUACAAAACAGAAGAAAAAGAAGAAAUCAGCUGAUGAGGAGGCUGCUGAGGAGUUGUUUGACGUUGAUGGUGGGGAUGAGAGUGAUAGUGAAGAGAUUGAGAAUCUGUUGGAUUCUGCUGAUCAAACUAUGGAAUCAGACAGUGACUAUGAUUAUGAUGAUUUGGAUAAAGUUGCCAAUGAGGAUGAUGAGGACUUGCUUGGUGAUGUUAGUGACGCGGAGAUGGAGAUACUCUCUGAUAUGGGAGAGGAAGAUGCGGAUGCACCAAUUGAUGAUGUUGGCAAUGACGAUGAUGGCAAUGAUCUUCAGGUUGGAGAUGUUGAUGAUGUCUCUGAUGUUGAUGAGGAUGAUGUUGACAGAAGAAAACGAAAAAGAAAAACUGGUGGUAAGAGUGGUGUGUCCCCAUUUGCAAGUUAUGAAGAGUUUGAGCAUCUAAUGGAAGAUGAUGACAAUUCUGAGAAAAAACCUACCCACAAGAAAAGCAAGUCUAAGAAAAGGAAAAAAGUAGUCAGCUGAAUUCUUCCCAGACUAGAGACAGCUAUAGAACACAUUGCGUUGGCAAGGCAUCGACUAGAUUUUUUUAAUAGUUUUUAGGAACUUAAGUCGGGCAACGAAGAAUGUCAUUGCCUUUGUAAUUUAUAUUUGAUUAGAUUUGAUUGCUUUUUACAAGUUUUGCCUCUAGCUAUUAAACUUGAUUGCCAUAUAUUCAUCCAUAUUAAGGGCGUCCUAUAAUUGGACUCAUCCUUUGGGCAGUGUACAAUUCUAAUAUAUUAGUGUUUCAACAUGUUAUGUGGAACAUUUUAUUUUGAUCUAUCCACCUUGGUAGCAAUUGAGCUUGUAGCUGUAAAU